CUUGAACCGGAAGCAGUCGGCGGCGCUCGGGCUCUCGGCGGGACGGGAUUCUUCCAGCAGCGGCUACAGGAUGGUGGGCGGCGGCGGGAAGCGCAGGCCCGGCGUGGAGGGGCCGCAGUGUGAAAAAGCAGUCGCCGUGAAGAAGGGUAAAUGCUGUGAAGCUGACGUGCCCAGUGACCUUCGAAAAGAAGUAGAAAGUCAUUACAGGCUUUCUCUGCCUGAAGAUUUCUAUCACUUCUGGAGGUUCUGUGAAGGACUUGCUCCUGAACAGCCAGCUGAUUCGCUUUCUGCAAGCCUUGGACUUCGAUUAGUGGGUCCUUAUGAUAUCCUUGCCGGAAAACAUAAAAUGAAAAAGUCAGCAAGCUUGAAUUUUAACCUUCACUGGAGAUUUUACUAUGAUCCUCCUGAGUUCCAGACCAUUAUUAUUGGAGAUUGUAAAACUGAGUUCCACAUGGGGUAUUUCAGGGAUUCUCCUGAUGAACUUCCUGUAUUUGUCGGUACAAAUGAAGCAAAGAAAAAUUGUAUAAUUGUUCAAAAUGGAGAUAAUGUGUUUGCUGCAGUCAAAUUAUUUUUGAUGAAAAAACUUAAAGAAGUAACAGAUAAAAAGAAAACUAGUCUCUUGAAAACCAUAGAUGAGAAACUCACAGAAACAGCCAGAGAACUGGGGUUCUCACUGGAACAGAGAACCGUGAAGAUGAAACAGAGAGAUAAGAAAGUCGUGACAAAGACCUUUCACGGGGCAGGCUUGGUUGUCCCAGUAGACAAAAAUGAUGUGGGAUACAGAGAGCUCCCUGAAACGGAUGCCAGUCUCUGGAGAAUCUGCAGGACGAUCGUGGAGGCCCCCAGUGAUGCUGAGAGACUCAAAGCUUUUGCUCCUGUUCAGGAAAUGAUGACUUACGUGCAGUUUGCUAAUGACGAGUGCGAUUAUGGGAUGGGGCUGGAGCUGGGGAUGGACCUCUUCUGCCACGGUUCCCACUAUUUUCAUAAAGUUGCUGGCCAGCUUUUACCUCUUGCAUAUAAUCUGUUGAAGAGGAAUCUCUUUGCAGAAAUUAUUGAAGCUCACCUGGCGGACAGAAGCAGAGAGGACGUGGACCAGCUUGCAGCAUGAGUGGGAGGUGCCUUUCUUUCGCAUACAGUAUUUCAGAGCUUCAGUAUGAAACGUGAUGUUUUGUUUUUUAAGGAGUACAGAAAAUAAAUGGACAGAAGCAUUUGCUAAAAACUUU